AUGAAAAGUAUUAUUGAUAACAUCUUAAUACAAAAUAAAAUGUAAUUUAUAGAAAUAAAUACUAAACAUCAUUAAUUUGAUAGACUGAUUUUAUAGACUCAUAUAAGGUUUUAUUGUUAAAGUAAUUCAUAUAUAAAACAUGAAUCUGUAGAGAGAAUUAAAGGUAAAUGUUACAAAAAAUUAUUUGAUUUUAAUAAAAAUCCAAAAUUUUUAAUUUAGGAAGGGAUUUUUAGAAUAAAUAUUAAAAAAGAAGAGUAUCUCUUAGAUGGAGAAGGGAUAGAGUAUUGUGGUAAAUCAGAAAUUAUUAAGAUUUAAGGGGUGUUCAUUUAAGGUGAAUUAUAAGAAAUAGAAAGUAAAUAGAAAUCUAAAUCAUUUAAUUUAUAAGAGAAUAGUUAAUCAAGAGCAAAGAUUAUUAUUAUAAUGGAUUAGAAUAAUUAGAUAAUAAGAAGUAAAUCAUUGGAGAAUGAUAAUGAAAAACUAAGAGAAAUGUAUUAAGGUAACCGAAUACUAUACAAUUAAUCAUUAAGUGAUAGAGAUGUCAAUAUAUUAAGAAAUAAUUCAAAGGAAUGGUUAACAUCUAGUUUGAUUGAUUCUUUUGUUGAAUAUUUAAAUUAGAAGAGUGAAAUAAAAGUUAAUAUGUUAUAGUUGGAGGAGAGAAUGAAAAUACCUAGAAUCUUAUUUAUACCUAGUUAUGUUACAUCUUCAUUUGGAUUAUAUGAGGAUGAGACAACAUAUAUGAAAAAAGCUGAGGGAUUAUUAUAAACUGAAUUAUUAUUUUAUAAAGAAUUAAAUUAUGAGAUGAAGUAGAUUUAUACAAAGAUUGGUUUCCCUGUUAACAUUAAUAAUAUGCAUUGGGUUUUUUUGUUAUUUGAUUUAAGGAAAGAGGAAAUAUUGUUGUUUGAUUCUUUGAAAUCUACAAAAAAGAAAAGGGCAACACCAGGUUAUUUAAGUAAGGCUAUUGGAAGAUUUUUAAAUUUGGAUAUUAGAAAAUGUUAUUUAAUGAAUUAUAUUUAAUAGAAAGAUAAUUAUUCUUGUGGAUAUUUUGUUUCUUCAUUUAUGGAAUUUGAGUACAAAUUGUAGUUUAAUAAAAAUUGCAGAUAUUUUUAUGAUGAAAAUAAAAUGAAAAUGAAAUUUAGGUAGUUAAUGAGAUUUGAAUGA